AUCUCUCCUAUCAUUGUUUCGAGAAGAUGGAUAAUGAAAACCCGUCAUAGUCUUCGGUUUCCACCAUCUUGUGUUUUCAUUUCAACAAAUUUACUGCACUGUCAAAGUAUCAAUUUGUACUGUCUUGUGGAAAGCAGAAAGUCGUAUUAUUGUAGAAAGGUUGGAUGGAACAGUGUUGCGAACGCAAAACACAAGGUUCCUUUUCUCAACAAUCCUCUAGCAAUGGAGAUUGCUGUUUCGUUUUUUUCACCAAGCCAUAUGGAAACCUGUCGUUUUGUAAGUCACCGUCGUACUUCUUUUCUUGCUUGUCACAGUUCUCGUGACCCCAGUAAGGAGACAAAACCUGAGAAAGUCGAAGCUCCACAACAUCGUCACAAUUCCACUCGGAAACCCUACGGUUACUGGAGAAAUAUUGAAAAUCUCUUGAAAGAAAUUCAAGAGUUUCGUAAGAGUAGAGGUGAAGAUAUUUCCGAGAUGCCCUGUAGAAAUGAUAUUUUAGAUAGUGCGCGACUGGACCUUGAUGCUGCAAUCUUGAAGCGAGGAGGUUAUGAAAUGAUUUCCCGGAUAGCUAAGUUAAAACUGUCCAGCUACAAGGAGAGACUGGGUGACUGGGAUACUUUUCGAGAAGAAAUCCUUUCGUUUAUUAAAGAGUAUGUUUGUAAGGAUAGAGAAGAGAUGGGUGUGCAAGAACAUAUGCGUUUACCUACUCCGAUAGAGCUUCGUAAAUACAAAAGAAGCGAUUUAUUUGCAGCCAUUGAGUAUCAUGGAGGUUUUUGGGAAUGUUCUAAACGCUUGGGUAUUCCCUGUGUUUCACUCAAGAAACCUUGUGGUUUCUGGUCCGACACUCAUCAUGUUGAGAAAGAACUAGAAAUUGCUGCUCGAGAAUUGAAUUUGCCAGAUAAAGUAAUGCCGACUCAAUCCCAGCUGCGUUCUUUAGGCCGAUUGUAUUUAUGGAGAGGCAUUGCUCAACAUGGAGGUGCAGCGGCGGUUGCAAAACAGUUGGGAUGGAAAGUCAUAUUAAAGCCUCAUAAGUUUUGGAAAAAUUUUGAGCAUUUGGAACGCGAACUGGUUGAAUUUGUAGAGAACUCUCAUCUGCCUCGAGUCAUGCCUACCCAAAAGACACUGCGAGCAGCAGGUCGUUAUGAUAUUAUUCAUGCUAUUUAUAUUCACGGCGGUUCUGGAGAAGUUGCAAAGCGUUUAAAUCUGCCUUUUAAAAAGACUCAGAAGCGACCGAAACGUACGCCAGGUAUUGAAACAACUUGGCGAGUUGUUCGGAGAGAACUGAGGAUAUAUCUUGCGAACAAAAAGGGCAAUAAGAAAAUUAUGCCAACGGAAAAAGAAUUGGUUCGUAAGAAUAAAAUGCAGUUACUGGAAAAGAUUCAUGCACUUGGUGGUAUAAGAAUUGUAGGAGAACGCUUAGGACUUGAUUGCUUAAGGUAUUGGAACAAUGUAACCAAUGUUCUGCAUGAAGUGAAGAAAUUCGUACGAGAAAAAAGUUUCCAAGACAGAAUGCCGACUGAACGGGAAUUGAUUGAAAGUGGUGAAUACAAUCUUCGAAAAGCAAUUUUGCGAUUCGGAUACGUUUAUAUUGCUCGUCGUAGUGGACUAGUUAUUCCAGCUCACUGGAGAUUAGAACCUGAAGAACUUGAGAAAUUAUUGAUAACUCAUUCUUCAUCCAAUGCUUUGAAAGAUUCAUCCAAUCCAAAACAGUAAAAAUGCUUUUAAACGACACAGUUAGCUAUUUUGAUAUUCAACGAAUUUUAGUGACUUUCUGUUUUUGUU